AUGCCUCCCGCGACCUCCUCGCGUAGGAAAGAAUCCAAAGACUCCACGAUCGGCAGUUUGAACGACCGAUUAAACUAUGGCGACCGCCUAUGCAAGCGCCGUCCCGAGCGCAGAGGUGUGCUAAACGACAGCAUCAGGAAUUUUGAGAAGAACCAUGGCGAGAAUUACCAAAAGCCUCGCUCUGUCAGUGAUCUCAAGGAGAAAGAGUACAAAGACGCUAUGUCACAGAAGGCCAGUGAUUUCUUAAAAGAGGAAGGGCCGAGGCUUUGGCCAGAUGAACAUAGUGAUAGCGCACUAUAUGAGCGGGCUCUUGUCUGGCCGAAGCAUAAAGAUAAGCUCCAAGAUUUGAUGACGCAAAUGUUUCUUAGAAAGUGCUUUCAUAAGCAGAAGAAUGAGAGAAUGGCAAUGAAGAAGCGGCAGAGUGGUCAUGGGCCUCGAGGCGCAGGUUCCUCGACGAUGGAGAUUGAUGAUGAACCCGAUAACACACCAGUGACACCACGUCAGCGCCCCCCGAUAUCUGAACAGCGCCAGCUCCCCCAAAAUCUUCAAACUACUGGGCAGUCCACCACUCCGCAUCCAGUCACGGUAGAGGAUGAUGACCCUUCCGCUCCCGGAGAAGAAGAUGCCGUGGCAACUCAGAGUCGUGACGAAGGUCACCCAGCACGGCCACUUCCCAGAGUGGCGCCUUCAACAACUUCGAUCGCUCCAGAGAGGGCUGUUGGCACGGGUCAUUCUCCAUUUGGAAUCACAUCAUCUCGUUCCAACGUGGAUGGUCGUAAUACAUCCAGCAGUCUCACGGAAGGAAAUCUACGCGUUCACGAUAGUAAUGCUCCUUCACUUGACAAUUUGCACACCAGGGAGAUCGAUGCUAUAUCGGAUGAUGAUGAUGAUGAUGAUAUGCCCCCCUUUGAAGAGAUUUUUUCAAGCCCCGGUAGAGGACAGAGCAAUAGGAAGGAUAAAGGGAAGGAGAUAGAAACGGAGAGGCGGAAAGAGAUGCCUCCUCCACGCGCACCUGCUGAGCGAGCGGUUCCAGUUCCAGACUCAGACCAGGGCAAUCAGCAGAUAUGGUCAAGGCAAGGUCCCUCGUCCAUGUCUCGGUUCCCCAGCCAGCAACGAGGGACCUCAGUCUUCUCAACGGUUGAAUGCGGCCGCGCUCCAAGUCUACGACCUCGAGCACCGGAAGCCUCUAUGGAGGGCGCGAUGGAUGAAGUAACUCAGCCUUCUGUCGAAACUGAUGACCUGCAACAUAUGAAUGAGGGUCGAGUUGGUGGAGCGACGACAAGAAAAUCGCCUUUGGAACCGGAAAUAUGGUUUCGAGCCAUUGUCUCGCGCAAACCUCCCGUUGAAGAGUCAUGGAAGCCUAAUGGGAAGUUCUCUGACAAAACACUCGCAGAAUUAAAGAAGGAGCUUCCGUUCAACUUUGACAACGGGGAUGUGGUGAGAUUGAAAUUUACACUGAAGAGUUAUGAAGGGAUGAGGAUAGUGGAAACAAUUGACCAUAACAAUAGACACGACCUGCAGCAUCUCAAACGUGUCUUCGGGGAGAGAAUCAGAGAAGCGAUGAAAGAAAGGCAGGGGAGAGACAGAGGUCCUGUCACUUUUGAUAUAGAAAUUGAGGCAGUUAAACGUAGCCGAGAAAUGACGGUCGGUAGGGAGGAGUCAUUGGCGCCACUGUUAUGGUAG